AUGCCGUGGGACGAGGAGGAUUGGUCGCUUCAGCUUGCUGCUGAUGGCGCCACCGAGAUUUCCAUGCACGACAUCAACACCGGUGCACCAGAUGCGUUGCGUCGAUUGCGGGAGACGCAGCUGAAGGACCGCAAGGACCGCGUGCAAGCAGCUGCCAAGGAGCGGAAAACAGCCGAGGCCACGGAUGCGCUGAAGGAGAAGAACCGCAAGGCGUUGGAGAAGCUGCGGCAGAAGCGAGCAGAGCGCCUGCCCGAAGGAUGGCGCAUGGUGGAGUCCCGCUCCCGCCCCGGCCAGUACGUUUACGAGAACAUCCACACGGAGGAGCGCCAGGCAUGGUUCCCCACAGAGCCCGCCGUCAAGAUUGACCCCGCCAAGUUUGACGAGGAGCCAGCGCCCGCGCCGAGCCAGGCGCCGGGUGGACUUAGCGAGGAGGCAAAGGAGCGCAACCGUCGUGCGCUGGCAGCCCGCAAGGCAAAGAACCAGGGCAUGCUGCCUGAUGGCUGGCGGCGGGUCGAGUCGCGGUCACGGCCGGGCGAAUACGUGUACGAGAACGUUUACACGGAGGAGCGCAUUGCAUGGUAUCCCAUCAUGCCGGCCAAGCACACAGAGGAUGAGGGAUGGAGAGCGCGAAAGAUGGGGGUGGGGCCGGGGUUUGUGUGGACAUGCGUGCAGUGCACGUGUUUCCAAGCCAUCACUCAUUCAUCCAGCUCACCCGACUCUAACGCGGCCCUUCACCGUGCAGCGAUGCCCAUGCAGUCGCUGAAGCCCGGCGCUUCUGCUGAGACGGCGACGGCAAUGUAUCCGUAUGCGGCAGAGAAUGACGAGGAAAUUGAUCUGCAGGAGGGCGAUGAGCUCCUCGUCGAGUUCAAGGGCGACAACGGGUGGUGGGUUGGCACCAACAAGCGCACGGGCAUGCUGGGCAUGUUCCCGGGCGGCUUCGUCGAACUCAAGUGA